AUGCGUCCAAACGCAGUUAACCUUCUUCUGGUGUUCCUGUCGGGCUUGGACCUGUCCGAGGGCUUGCCAGGCCACCAUGACGUUUCGCCUCCUUCCGUGCGCCUCUCCAACGGAACCUACGUCGGUGUGUGGAACGAGCAGUACGCGCAGGACUUCUUCCUGGGCAUCCCGUAUGCGCAACCUCCCAUUGGCUCUCUUCGGUAUGCAGCACCUCAGCCUUUGAACUCUUCGUUCGAAGGGACCAGGUCUGCCGCCGAGUAUGGCUGGAUGUGCAUCGGGUACGGCUCAGACACGGCCAACCUGGGCAGCCCGGUCUCGGAGGAUUGCUUGACAAUCAACGUUGUUCGUCCGGCCGGCACGAAGCCAGGAGACAACCUCCCCGUUGGCAUUUGGGUUCACGGAGGUAGUUACGUCAACGGCGGCUCACGCGACCCGAGGUACAACCUGAGCUACAUUGUCGAGCAAUCCGUCAAGGAGAACAAGCCAAUCAUCGCGGCCUCUAUCAACUACCGCCUCUCUUACUGGGGUUUCCUCUUCAGCAAGGAGCUCCAAGACGACCACGCGGGCAACAUCGGCUUCAGAGAUCAACGCCUGGCGCUUCAAUGGCUCCAGGAGAACAUCGCCCCCUUCGGCGGCAGCCCUGACAAGGUCACCAUUUGGGGAGAGUCCGCCGGUGCUCGCUCUCUUGGAAUGCAACUCAUCGCUUAUGAUGGAAAGCACGACAACCUCUUCCGCAGCGCAAUUCUAGAGAGCGGCAGCUCGGUUGCCAAGUUCGUUGGUGCUGAUGCCUGGCAGCCAUACUUUGAAGCUCUCCUGCAAAAGACAGCAUGCGCCGACGCAAGCGAUCGAUUGGGUUGUCUGCGAGCACUUCCCUGGCAGACUCUCAACGCCAUUUUCAACGGCACGAACCCACUGGGUGUUACGCCGCCUACCAUCAGCGCUGUCAUCGACGGCGACUUCAUCACGGGGAAGGCGACGACUCUUCUUUCAGCGGGAAAGUUCGCACACGUCCCGCUGUUGCUCGGCAACAACUUCGAUGAGGGUACGGGAUACGCAAAGCAGGGCAUCAACACCACCGAAGAUUUCGAGGCGUGGCUCGCGAGUAGUCUGCUGGCCGACUCCACCCAGAUCGAGGCGAUCAAGAAGCUGUACCCCGACGACCCCGCCGUCGGCAUCCCCGCGUCGUAUCCCGAUCGACCCACCGGGACUGCGUUCGGAUCCCAGUGGAAGCGCGUCGCCGCCGUUGCGGGCGACUACCAGCAGCACAGCGGUCGACGACUUCUUGCCAGCUCCUAUGCUGGCGCGGGACUGCCGGUCUAUUCUUACAUGUGGAACGUCUACGUCAACGGCCUCGCUCCCAUUUACGGCGCGACCCAUUUCCAAGAGGUCGCUUUUGUGUUCAACAACGUCAAGGGCUUGGGCUAUGCCACCAACCCUUUCGAGGGCAAGCCUGAGUCAUACGUCCAGCUGGCGGAUCUGAUGAGCAAGAUGUGGGUGGCUUUCAUUCACGGCACCGAUCCGAAUCAGUGCACUCGUCCGUGGGCGAAGGGCCUCUCAUGGCCCCAGUACACCCCGAAUCGGCCGCUGAACCUGGUUUUUGACGCCAACUACACUAGACUGGGCUACGUCGCAAAGGAUGACUACCGGAAGGCGGAGAUUGCUUAUAUGCAGCAGAACGUGUUCAAUUGA